UUAUUUCGUCGUUUGAAUUUUGCUCAUCAGGUCGUGUUUCGAAAACUUAUCGUUUACCAACAAUCGUCAUGCCGUAUUACGCUGUGUCAGAAGGUGUCCGACCCGGGAUUUAUAAUGCUUGGGGAGAAUGUGAGCAGCAAGUGUCAAGGUUUCCAGGGGCGCACUUCAGGAAAUUCAGCACGCGGGAAGAAGCAGAAGAUUACAUGAGCGAUCCGAUAGAGGUUCCAGAUAGAAUUUUGCGACAGGCUCGUUUGGCGCGGAGCUUCGAGUUCACUGACGAUGAUUUUGCCGUGUGUUACACGGAUGGAUCCUGCAAGAGGUCCAAGGGUAACGCUGCUGGAGUCGGAGUCUGGUUUGGUCCCCGACACGUCGCGAACAUUUCGGAGCCCAUACCUCCGCCGAGUACAAACAAUAAGGCCGAACUACUGGCAGUAUUAUACGCCAUCCAUGCGGCGAACGAAGCGGGUUUGGUGAGGCUUGAGAUCAGAAGCGACUCGUGGUACGUCAUCAAUUCUUGCUCGGUAUGGAUAAAAAAGUGGAGGCGCAAUAACUGGCAAACAUCGAACUACAAUGGCUAUUCGAAAGAUGUCGAAAAUCAAGACGAAAUUCGAGCAAUUGACGAAGCCUUAUCGUUAAUUACCGUUCGCUUCGAGAAGGUGGAAGCACAUUCGGGUGAAGAAGGAAAUGAAGCUGCAGAUGAAUUGGCAAAUGAUGCUGCGGAUGAAUCGUGGAGAAUGUACGGACGUUGAUGAAAGUCGAGAUGAUUUCUUCCGGCAUCUUCAAGAUGGGAAAAUUCUGGGAAUUACAAUCUUCGCAUGUUCAAAUUUUGUAUGAUAGGUUUCACUGCUUCAGCAGCGCUGAGCGUGAACUGUGUAAAAGUGUUCGUUUUUCGAUUCUCGUUGAAAGGAAAUCAAAUGUUCGCAAUAGGAAUCGCAUUUGGAACACAGCUUUGGGUGGUCUAACUCUAAAAUUCUCAACGAUUAAACUCCCUGUUCUAAUUUGCUCCAACAGAAAAAACUACGGCAUUUCAUCGUGCACCUUUUGCAUGAAAAUAUUUCCUGGCAUGUGGCUUCGUAUAAUUGAGUUUUACAAGCGAUUAAAAAAUUGAAAUUCCACAUCAGAAGAGGAGAGUAUUUCACUCAGACAGAACGAUUCAGUUCGAACUGCCCAUAUUAUUCCAGUUCAUUUUGACUUCCGAGUCUGAUCCGUCAGAAUUUCGUUUACUGUCCAUUGUAAUAUAAAAGCUACGGUGAUGAAAUGUUUGUUCGCCACGUUUCGUUUCCUCUGGAAACGUUCAUCGAAUUAUCCGUGUUCACCCUGUGAAGCCUGUCCACGAAGGCAAGGUGAAUGUUUUGAUAUGCGCGCUACGUGUACAGCUGAUACCCUCGGGUCGUGGUGCGCAGUGAUUGGUUGGAGUGUACGACCUGCGUCAACGCCCCCUUUUCUUCUCGAAACUUCGAUAGAAAUGCAAGAAUUCCCAAGUCCCAUGGA